GAUGCUGCUGUUGAUUCUCGCGUUCCUGCUGCUGGCCUCCACUCCAGGGUCUUGGGCUCGGAAUGUGAGGCAGCAGAGUGUCACCUGGGGCCCCUGGGGCGAGUGGAGCCCCUGCAGCCGGACCUGUGGAGGAGGCAUCAGCUUCCGGGAGCGCCCCUGUUACUCCCAAAGGAGAGAUGGAGGCGCCAGCUGCGUGGGCCCCGCGCGCAGCCACCGCACCUGCCACACCGAGAGCUGCCCAGACGGCAUGCGGGACUUCCGGGCUGAGCAGUGCUCAGAGUUCGACGGUACCGACUUCGAGGGCCGGCGCUACCGGUGGCUGCCCUACUACGCUGCCCCAAACAAGUGUGAACUGAACUGCAUUCCCAAGGGGGAGAACUUCUACUACAAGCACAGGGAGGCCGUGGUGGACGGGACACCCUGCGAGCCCGGCAAGCGGGACGUCUGUGUGGACGGCAUCUGCCGAGUUGUUGGCUGCGAUCACAAGUUAGACUCGACCAAGCAGGAGGACAGGUGUCUGCAGUGUGGGGGUGAUGGCUCCACCUGCUACCCCGUCACAGGAACCUUUGACGCCGAUGACCUCAGCAGAGGCUACAACCAAAUCUUCAUCAUUCCUGCUGGGGCCACCAGUAUUCGCAUCGAGGAAGCCGCGGCUAGCAGAAAUUUCCUGGCCGUGAAGAGCGUCCAUGGAGAGUACUACCUCAACGGGCACUGGACCAUUGAUGCAGCUCAGGCUCUGCCAGUGGCCAGCACAGUCCUAGAGUACGAAAGGGGCGUGGAGGGGGACCUGGCCCCUGAGCGGCUCCAGGCACGGGGCCCCACCUCAGAGCCCCUGAUUAUCGAGCUCCUCAGCCAGGAACCCAACCCCGGCGUGCACUAUGAGUACUACCUGCCUUUGAAUGAGCUCGGCCAAGGCUUCAGCUGGAGCCACGGCUCCUGGGGCGAUUGCAGCGCUGAAUGCGGAGGAGGUCACCAGUCUCGCCUGGUGUUCUGUACCAUUGACAACGAGGCCUACCCGGACCACAUGUGCCAACACCAGCCUCGGCCAGCCCACCGACGUUCCUGUAAUCCUCAUCCUUGCCCAAAGACCAAGCGGAUCUCUUUCCUGCACCGGCCGGGAGCAUGGCGCCAUUCUGGGGCCCAGCAUGUGUGUAGGAACAGCUGGAAGGUAGGACCGUGGACACCCUGCUCAGUCUCCUGUGGGGGUGGAUUCCAGUCUCGCCCUGUCUACUGCAUCUCCUCAGAUGGGGCUGGAGGCCAGGAAGCUGCCGAGGAGAUCCAGUGUGCUGGUCUACCUGGGAAGCCCCCUGCCACACAGGCUUGUAACCUGCAGCGCUGUGCAGCCUGGAGCGUGGAGCCCUGGGGAGAGUGUUCCGUUACCUGUGGAACUGGCAUCAGGAAGAGGAGUGUCACCUGCCGGGACGCCGAGGAGUCUCUGCUCCACGCCUCAGCAUGCUCCUUGAAGGACCAGCCAGCCCCCACUGAGCCCUGUGUGCAAGAGGCCUGUCCUGUACUCCGUGGCCAGGCCUGGCAUGUGGGCGUGUGGAGUCUAUGCUCGAAAAGCUGUGGUUUGGGAACUCGGAGGCGACGUGUCACCUGUGCCAUUGGGCCGCCCGGUCACUGUAGGGACCUGCAGUCGUCCAAGCCCGUGGAGGUGGAGCCCUGCAACAGACAGCCUUGCCAUCUUCCUCAGGAGGUCCCUAGCAUACAGGACUCACGGACUCGUCCCACAGACCCCAGGAUGCCUUUAGGCCCUCAAGUGUCCCCAGUCUCAGAUGCAAGAGACCAGCAAUGGACUGCCCAAGAGCGACCCAGGGCCCAGAGUAACCCCAGUGAAGGCCCAGACCCCCACCAGUCAGCUGCAGGCCGGGUCCCCACUCUGCAGUACCCUCCACACCGCUCACCCCUGAGGCCGAGCUCAGGUCCCCGUGACUGCAGACACAGCCCCCAUGGAUGCUGUCCUGAUGGCCACACACCAUCUCUUGGGCCACAGUGGCAAGGCUGUCCCCUGGCUGGGGCCUUGUGUCUUCAGAGCAGGUAUGGAUGCUGCCCUGAUGGGGUGUCUGCAGCUGAGGGACCCCAGCAGGCUGGCUGCACCAGGUCUCACGGCAGUGACAAUACUGGGAACAGGCCAGGAUCCAGGGCAGUGGCUUCCAAGGUCCCUAAGAUCCACCACCAACCCCAGGCCCAUGAGGGUGAACCCAGUGAUUGUCGUGGCUCCCAGUUUGGCUGUUGCUAUGACAACGUGGCUUCUGCAGCUGGUCCCCUGGGGGAAGGCUGUGUGGGCCAACCCAACUACGCCUACCCAGUGAGGUGUCUGCUGCCCAGUGCUCCUGGAUCAUGCGGAGACUGGGCUGCCCGCUGGUACUUUGUGCCAUCAGUGGGCCGGUGUAACCGCUUUUGGUAUGGCGGCUGCCACGGCAAUGCCAAUAACUUUGCAUCGGAGCAGGAGUGCAUGAAUAGCUGCCGGGAGCACCCUGGGCCCCGCCAUCCCGAGGCAGGUGCCUCUGGGCAUCGUGUCCACAUGAACGGUGGCCAGCGUGGUCCUGGAGGCCAGCAGGAACCUGACUGGCACAGGACAAGGGCCACAGUCCCGAGACUGCCCUCACCUUCUGGAAGCCCUUGGCGGAGAGAAGAGGAGCCUGGGGAGGUGCACUACCCCCCAGCCUAUGGAAACCGCCCCGGAGAUCAGGACCUCCGGCCCAGAGUCCCUGGACUGGGUAGAGAUGCUGGACCACCAGUGCCACCCACACGUAGCUCCUACAGGAUCAGCUUGGCAGGCUCGGAGCCCUCCCUGGUCCAGGCAUCUGUCGGGCAGGCGGUACAGCUCUUUUGCCCUGGCAACACCUCCCCGGAGUUCCAAACAAGGUGGCAGAAAGAUGGCCAGGCCCUCUUCUCUGAUAGGUUCCAGCUACAGUCAGAUGGCUCCCUCAUCAUCAGCCCCUUGAGGCCAGAGGAUGCUGGCACCUAUAGCUGUGGCAGCCACAGACCAGGCCAUGACCCCCAGAAAAUCCAGCUUCGAGUAACAGGGGGUGACAUGCCAGUGUUGUCCGAGGCCCAGCGAAGGCAGUUCCCUCAGACCAGGCACCCAGACCCUGGCCAUGGUCCUCGGGACUCUGGAGCAGAAGCUGGUGGCCCAGGGGUUAUCUCUUCUCCACACCUCAGACCUGCUAGCAGGCUGCGUCUGGAUCGGACUCAGCCUGGGGUGGUGGAUGCCAGUCCUGGCCAGAGGAUCCGGCUGACCUGCCGUGCUGAAGGCUUCCCGGCCCCCACCAUCGAGUGGCAAAGAGAUGGGCAGCUGGUCUCUUCUCCCAGGCACCAGCAGCAGCCUGACGGCUCUCUGGUCAUCAGCCAGGUGACUGUGGAUGAUGGUGGCUUCUACACUUGUGUUGCCUUUAAUGGGCAGGACCGUGACCAGCGCUGGGUUCAGCUUCGAGUUCUGGGGGAGCUGACCAUCACAGGCCUGCCUCCUUCGGUGACAGUGCCAGAGGGCGACACAGCCAGGCUUCUGUGUGUGGUGGCUGGAGAGAGUGUGAACAUUAGGUGGUCCAGGAAUGGACUCCCAGUGCAGGCAGACGGCCACCGUGUGCACCAGUCUCCAGAUGGUACACUGCUGAUCCACAACCUGCGGCCCAGGGACGAGGGCUCCUACACAUGCAGUGCCUACCGUGGGAACCAGGCUGUGAGCCACAGCACCCAAGUGAAGGUGGCCCUGCCAGCACCAGUCGCUCAGUCCAGGGACCUGGGCAGGGAGUGCAUCGACCAGCCGGAGCUGGCCAACUGUGCCUUGAUCCUGCAGGCCCAGCUCUGUGGCAAUGAAUAUUACUCCAGCUUCUGCUGUGCCAGCUGUUCUCGCUUCCAGCCAAAUGCUCAGCCUGACUGGCAGCAGGGAUGA